AUGUCGGCCGCCAUCAACCCCGCAACAGGGCAGUCGCUCCCCGCAGAUGCCCUCCAAAGAGUCCUCUUCGUCACUCGGCUCGUCCACGUCUACACUGUGCCUCCUCUGGCCUCCAUGAAAGGUUACACGGCCGCCGACUGGACCGUACCCGAUGCACAAACUGGCCGCACCCGCCAAAUCUUCUCUGCUCGUCUGCUCAUCCUCGAAACCGCCAUCCACGGCAAAGUGACCGCCGACAUCCUGCUAGAGGAUGCCGAUAACGGCACUUUAUUCGCUGCUGCGCCGUACACUGAUGUCGGGGCCGUGGAACAUGUCCUUGAUUCGUCGCGAUUCUUUGUUCUGCGCGUGGUCGGCGAGGGCAGGAAAGCGCUGUUGGGUAUAGGUUUUGAGGAUCGGAGCGAUGCCUUUGACUUUGGCGUCGCCUUACAGGAAACGAGAAAGAUACUGGGGAUAGCGGAUGGAGCCACGGCUUCGGAUAAACAACAAAAACUACCAUCUGGACAGAAUUCUACUUCUUUAUCGUCAACGUCUACCUCGCUAUCGUCGACAUCUUCCUCGACUUCGUCACCAUCACUCUCACAAAGCACACCAACGGAUUACAGCUUGAAGCCCGGUCAGACCAUUAGUAUCCACGGUGGAAGAAGGCGCCCAGCAGCGACGACGACGGCAGACCCCUUCUCAGCCGAGGCCAAGACCUCUGCAAGAGCUGAAGAGCAGGCUCUAUUCUCGAUCCCACCUCCCCCAGCCCCCGGCGCCACCGCUUCCUCCACGAUAACGUCGGCGGAUCAGACCAGUCGACGGAAGCGACCUACUUCGGCAAUUAUAGCAACAGAGAACAGACCCAUCCUCGGCUUUGAAGAUUCAGCCACGUUCGACUAA